UUCAAAAUAUACAUAACCUUACGUGCAAAAUGCAUAUAACCUACGACCGUUCCAGCCCCUGAUCCCAUAAAAUGCAAGAGGAGAUGACCCGCAUCUCAAUUUUCCCUUGGCCUAAUGGUACAUGGCCCGCUGUCCCUCGACUCAAAACGAACGAAAGACAUUAGUAAAAUUUGAAAGUUGCUUGGGUUGUUUGGUUCUAGGCUACUCUGGGCUCGCCACGGAUGUCGCGACCAUGGAGGAGAAGGUGACACGAAGAGUCUAGGAGUUUGUGGAAACUGCCAACAGUUGCCACCUCAUCAAAGUGACACGUGUCUUCUUCUUCUCGAUCUGACUCGAAUUUUUCUGCUUUCCGUCUAAUCCAUUUAUGAUAGCUUUGUCCACUUUCUUGUUUGCUGAAACAUACUCAUUAAGAAGCCGAGGCAAAGCAACUUUGAGUCUGAGCUUUGAAGUUUGAAGUCAUCCAGUUAGCAAUCAUAUUACAGAGCGGUAGAAAACGGGGUUUCCAUUUUCUCACAUCCGUGAGGAGAUGAUGCAAUCCAGAUUGGCGGCCGCAGCAGCAUCAAAAGUCCACCGGCUCCUCGUCUCUGCAGCAAUAUCACAAGAUCAUCAAGUUUUCCCUCCAGCUGCAGCACCUGGUAGACUUGCGGCCUCUUCCAUUUCCGGCGGUGGACAAACUGCUGAUCCAGCCAUCCACGCAGUUAAGCCCGAAGAAAAAGCCAAGGCCGCCAGUUCCACUAACCAAUCAGAGUUCAAACGGGCCGCCACCAAGGACGAAGACCCGUAUGUGCCCCCCAAAUCACCCUGUUACCCUUCUUCAUCUCCUCAGAUACAGAGCACGGGCGUGAACCAACCCCAAGAACCCAUCAACCAACAAAAACGCUAUUGCACCUCCACCACCAGUAGCAGUCCUGCUCCCGUUACCCAGUCAACAGAGGCGGUGAGCUGCGCAGGCUUGGACGGCUCCCCGUGGCCGCCGGAGGGCAAGCAAGAAGGAGAGGACGACAAGGCUUACUUUGAGCACCAUAAAGCCUCACCGUUAUCUGAGCUGAAGAUGGUUGAUACUAGGAAGCCUAUAACAAGGGCUACUGAUGGGACGGCAGGCAAUAGUCAGGGGGGUUACUACGGUGGAACUGGGGUCAUAGUUUGGAGGCCUGAGCAGCUGGACACCGCCGAGGAUUCUCUCAGCAGAGCUACGGAGAUUUGGAAAAGUAAUGCGAUGAGGGGUGACCCGGAUUCCCCCCAUGGCAGAAUUCUCAGAGCUCUUUGCGGGGAGUAUUGGUGAUUCUCUCUCUUAUUAGCCUUGCGUACACGAGCUCGAUAAGUAGUAUACUACAAAUUAAAUUCUCUCGCACUUUUGUCUUCGUGAACUUGAAGCGAAGCUUGGGGACCUUUCCGAAAUGUGUGUAAUUGUGGUACUAACUGUUAAGCCAUUUAUAACUUGACAAUAGCAACGAGUACGUACAGUUGGCAAAGCUUGCCUUUUA